AUGGGUUUGAAGGUUCGAAUGCUAGUUCAAACUAAAGAUUUUCUGAAUAUACAGUUCAAUGGAUUCAAAGGUACUAAUUAUGGUGUGCAUGAAUUCACUUUGGCAGACUUGCCAUUCAUGAACCCAUAUGACUGGAUCUCCUUGUUCUACAUCGUUGCGAAAGACGAGAAGAAGUAUGAGUCAAUUUUUGCGCACUUAAAACGGAUGAUCAAGUGCUACAUCCUUGAGAUUGUGAAAAUAGACGUAGAAAUUGCUACUAUUCUGAAGAAAAUGGCCAUUUUGAAGCCAGAAGAACAAUUAAAUAAUAUCGAAUAA